AGAGAGAGAGAGAGAGAGAAGCAGCGAGCUAGUCUCUCGAGUAACUGGGAGUCGCAAGUCGGGGGAGCCACUCAGUCAGCACGAGAUCGGCAAGCCGAAUGGUCAACCGCGCCGAUACCCUCCCGGCUUGGAAGAAAGUACGCGCGGGACAGCGAGAGAAAGGGAGAGAGAGAGAGAGAAAGGGAAAAAAGAAAAGGAGCGUGCGCAAAGGGCGCCUCGAAUGUCAACGGAGUCUCAUCGCGUCGGCCGCGUCGCGACGCCUCGAGAUUAUAUUAAGAACGGAAGAAAAGGGACCAUUAGUUAUUGUUAUUGUUGUUAUUAUCAUUUUUGUUGUUGUUGUUGUUGUUGUUAUUGUUAUUGUUAUUGUUAUCGUUAUCGUUAUCGUUAUUAUUGUUAUUGUUAUUGUUAUUGUUAUUGUUAUCGGUGGGAAUAGAUUUGACUGUAGAUUUGCACGGACAUGUGGAGAUUCCUGGUGCGAUGUUACGUCACUCUGACGUCGAUCUGACGCAUUAUUGAUCGACGAUCAAUUUAAUUCGUUCUUAUUAGUUUUCUCAAUAAUUUACAUUGAUUACAUUUCUUCUUUUUUCUUCCCCUCUCUCUCUCUCUCUCUUUCUCUCUCUCUCAUUCUCUAUCUAUCUAUCUAUCUAUCUCUAUCUCUAUCUCUCUCUUCCUCUUUCGAUAUUGUCCUCUCAUAUUCUUUCCAUUGAUGAUAUUUUCUCGUUUUUCUUUUUCUUUUCUUUUUUCCUUUUUCUUUCGUUCCGUUGUCUAUUCUCUUAGUCUUUUUUUUUUUUUUAUAUCGUAGUCUGAUAUAAUCGAGUACGCGUUAUAGCGUGUUACAUUUGUAUAAAGAGAAUAAAGGCGUUCAUUCGUUGACGGCCGUCGCGACGACGACGUAGAGGCUCCCUUGCCCCCUCGAUUAAGGGAGGCGGAAGUGCGCGAGUGGUGGAUCACAGAACACGAGCUGGAUCGUCCGGGAGAAGCCCAGGAGUAUCUCCUGCAGGAGGACGAGGAAGAGAUGAUCUUCGAGCUAUUGAUGGCCUCAGCGUUCGCCCUUGCCACACUAAGGCGCACCACGUUUGAAACCAGCAGUGUUACUUUAUCGUUCGGCCAUCGUUAACUAGUACAACCUUAACUAGUAAAAUUCGGUCCAUUAUAUUUUCUCUUAGGAGUUCAUUACGAGUCCUCGUGUUUAAAAUUGAAAGAAAAUGAACGGGCAUUUCCUCCGAGUGGUCGAUAAACGAAACCAGACUCCGAUUAUAAAGAUUCGGUGGCACAGACGGCUACUCUGACGAGCCUCGCUUUCUUCCUGAGUUCCGGGCUGAGCGGGACGGUUUCCGGAGUACCGACCAGCUACGGUCUCCAUACCGCCAUCUCGGAAUCCAACAGUAAUAUGGAGCCUUGGCUGCAACCAUGCGGUACGCCGGUUGCUGCAGCUCUGAAAAAAAUGCCCCAACGUCAUAGCGUUCAUAGAGCGUUAAAAAGGGUACGAACCCAGCUUAGGGUCGCUCAGAAUCAUUUUAGGAAGGAUCUCAAGGAUAUUCAUGAGAUCUAUUCAAAGGUGUACAAAGUGCUGAAGGAGCAGUACAGAAUGAACUGGCUUCCGGAGAAGCAGCUUGAGUGGUACCAUAGGGAGCUCUGGUGCCUCGAGAAGGGUAAGAAGGCGGAGCGUGCACUUCCACGUCUUCACGACGCCCUUCAAAGGUUCGCCAUCACGUUCCACCAUCUUAGAGCGUUCCGACUAAAGUCGAAUAUCAACGUCGAUCUUACGAUGAACAGGCGAAACGAGAUUAUCGAUGCCAUGCAAAUCGAAAUUCUUCGAAUGCUUUGCGAAGUAGAAACAGCGAUCCUGAAUCUAGGACUGCAAUUACCAACCGCUCACAAGGCGGUCAUCGUCACGGAAAGUCGUAACUGGGCCAAGGAAGGUGAUCUGACGCUCAUGCUCAUUCAAGAUUGGGGCGUUUUAAGAUUAUAUCAAACCUUUCUGAAUGAUUGGACGCGUGCCUUUCGUAAUGCCACUGCGACUGGACCUGGUACCUGCGAUCCUAACACGAUAAAACCGCUUAUCUUACGACCGAAGAACAAUAAGAAGGGCCCAAAAACUGGAAUGGGUACUAAAGGGAAGAGAAUACCGAAGAUCAAGAAAGAACGAGUCAAUAGGAAACAUCCAUUGGGCUCGAAUCAAACGCAACCUUUGACACGAGGACCAAAAGUAUUCCCAAGGAAAAGACUGACGAGAAAGAAACAGGCGAGACCAGUGUAGUCAGCGAAAGUCCAUGAUCUCGAGUGAUCUUACUCGUCCUUAUCCAAUUUUCUUUCACCUUCAUUUUUAUUUCUUUUUUUUUUUUCAAUAUUUUUCUCCCCUUUUCAAUUUUUAAACUAUAGACUAAUUAAUCUUUCGAUGUCGAACACUCGCAAAAAAGACGUUUAUCCUCCCGCCAGAAGACACAAAUAUACAUACACACGCACACGCACACGCACGCGCGCGCGCGUACUUACAAACGCACACGCACGGACACACACAUUGACAUCAUUUGCAUAUGUUCUUCUAUUUAUUGCAUCGCCACGAUCAUUAAUUUUCUUUACGUUUUAAGCUUUAAUGCUUCAUUCUCGAUCGACAGAAAGAGAUGACAUUUAAUAUAGAAACUCAAAUACGAUCGAAUUAUUCAAAAGAAAAUAUUUUUCCUCUUUUAUUUUACAUUAUGAUAAAUUUAUCUACAUACAUACAUACAUACAUACAUACAUACAUACAUACAUACAUACAUACGUACAUAUAUACGUUCGGUUGGCGGUCCAGCCGUAAUUUUCACUAGGGGACCAGUAUUAAGAGAUUUACUUCGAAACAGUAUUAUAUCUAAUAACGCGUAAUAACUAAUAAUAGCGGUUAAUAAUAACGUUGAUGCACAGAGAGACUUAUCGAUCGACGCUAUAUGUAGUAGAAGGCGAUUAGCUCGAUCGAUCGGAGAAUAUAGCGUCGAGGAGGCAUGCACCUGAAAAUCACGUAGCCAUACGUACUUUUCUUCUUCUUUCCUUUUUUUUUUCUUCUUCUUUUCGUUUUCUUUUUUUUUUUUCUUUUUUUUGUUUGUUUUUCUACAAAUAAUUAUGAGAGAGCGCGCACGUUUAGGAACACUCGUCGAAACGCGGGAGACCGAGGAGGGAUGCGUUUUAAGAAGAUAAGAAGAUGAAGAGAAAAAAAUACAGGAAGAAGGAGGAGAAGAAGAAGAAGAAGAAGAAGAGGAAGAAAAGGAAUUAAAAAGAAAAAAAAAGGAAGAAGAAGAAGAAGAAGAAGAAGAAGAAAAACAAAAGGAAAAAAAGUGUAAAACACAAAAAGAGACCAAUCGUCCGUAGUCUCUUUAAGAUAAAUCUUAAAAGUUCGUCAAAAAAUCAAAACGCAUCGUUCUCUCGCGUUAGAUAAAGGACAAGUGAAAAUAAUCGCUCGAUUAUUAUACCACGAUUUAUGAGAAAAAGAAAGAAAGAAAGAAAGAAAGAAAGAAAGAAAGAAAGAAAGGAAAAAAAAAAGAAAAAAAAAGAAAAGAAAAAAACAAACAAACAAACAAACUUUAUUUAUUGUAGCUUUAACGUCUGCGGGCGAAAGCUUGAUGUUUAGCUGUGAUAUCCCGAGCGUACGCGGACCGUACAGAGUUCCUACGUUUUAUACAUAGGUGCAUGUAUAUAAGUAUCAUCGUAUAUAUAUAUAUAUAUAUAUAUAUAUAUAUAUAUAUAUAUAUAUAUAUAUAUAUAUAUAUAUAUAGUCGAACGCGUACCAUACGUACUUAAAACCGUUAGACUAUUUUCCUCUUUAUCUAUCUUUUUCUACUAUUUUCUCGUCUUCACAAUAGAAUCUCUUUCUUCUCCGCGAACAUGACAACUUUAUCUCUUUCUCGUGUACUUUAUAUCUCUCUAUCUUUCUCUCUAUCUCUCUCUCUCUCUCUUUCUCUCUCUCUCUCUCUCUCUCUCUCUCUCUUUUUCUCUUUCUCUCUUUUUCUCGUAUUUUUAAAAUAAUAAUCUUUGUAGUAGGUGAUAAAUAGUAUUCUCGAGUCGAAAUUUUUGUUUCUCGAGAAAAAGCAGAACUUCUCAGCGGAGAAUUCUGCGGAGCUUUUUGUAUACGUAUCUACCCUUUUACCUGGACGCCGAAGUGAAUAAUAUAACACUCGGUAUAUUUUUAAUUUCUACUUUAUCUCAAUCUCUCUCUUUCUCUCUCUCUCUCUCUCUCUCUCUCUCUCUCCCCCUUUCUUUCUCUCUCGUUCUCUCUCUCUCUAUCUCUCGCUUUCUUCGUCUUUCAUUUUAUCUAUUUUUCUUUGUAUUUGUAACUUGUAGUAGCGUGUAAAGGCAAGUUUUAGGAUCGAGUAAAACAGCGCACACGCCGCUCAACAAUUUUAGAAAGUAUUUUUCGUAUUAAUAAAUAAAUAAAUAAAUAAAAAAAAAAAAAAAACAACAAAAAAACAAUAAAAAAAAAUGAAAAAAAAAACAAAAUAAAAAAAAACAAAAAAAAAAAGCAAAAAAAAAAAAAAGAAACGACAAUGACGAAAGUGCGAUCUGCAUAGGUAUUUUGCGAAUUUUCACGCUCGCCGUCAUAUAUUAAUUUUUCUGUCUCUUUUUUCUUUUCUUUUUUUUUUUUUCUUUUUCUUUCUCUUAGUUAUUAUUUUUCUCCAUUGCAUUAUAUCGAGUAUACGUAUUAUAUAUGUAUAUAUAUAUAUAUAUAUAUAUAUAUAUAUAUAUGUGUGUAUAUGUAUAUAUAUAUAUUUAUUCGACGUACAAGCAUACUUACAUAACGUUUCUGAUCUAUUUAUUAUAUCACGUUACCAUCGCAUAUAUUAUUUAUUUGUCAUUUUUUUUCC